CUUCCGGUUUCGAUAGCGCUGUCCUGAUAGCUGCGCGCGGCUAACCGCUCGCGUGCUUCUCGUGUCAAAGUCACAGCAGGAGGUCUCGGUUACUCUGAUGGCGGCUUCCCCCAAAAGGAGCCGGGGCUCGGUCUCGUGCCGCUAACGGCCCCCGAGGCGUGACGGUGUUCUGGGCUGAGAUAGAGCCGGAAUGCCCCGAGGACUACAACUGGACUACAGAGGACUACAAAGAUGGAGGAGAAGGCGUUAGAAGUCUACGGUCUCCGCACAAGUGAAGCCGCAGCGGUGUUUGCCCUUUAAACACGAGGAACCGGAAGUGAGAAGGCUCCUACGUCGCAACGAGGGAACAUAGAUCUCUUUGUAAAUCCGCCGCUCGCUCAGAUUCGUUUGGACUCCCGUUCGUUAAGCAGCAUCAUGUCGGACGAGGGGAAACUGUUCGUCGGGGGUUUGAGCUUCGACACCGACAGUGAUAUGUUGAGAGGGGCCUUCGAGAAAUAUGGCGCCAUCGAAAACUGUGUUGUGAUCAAGGACCGAGAAACGGAAAGGUCUCGCGGCUUCGGCUUCGUGACAUACGAGAACCCCGAGGACGCGAAAGACGCGAAGGACGGCUUGCACGAAACGGAGCUGGACGGCCGCCAGAUCCGCGUCGACGCGGCGGGAAGGGGCAGAGGCAGCGGCCGGGGCGGCGGUAGCCGAAGCUACGGCGGCGGCGACCGAAGCUACGGCGGCGGCGACCGGAGCGGCGGCAGUGACCGGAGCUACGGAGGCGGCAGCGACCGGAGCUACGGAGGCGGCAGCGACCGAAGCUACGGUGGCGGUGGUGGCGACCGGAGCUACGGCGGCGGAGAACGGAGCUUCGGCGGCCGGCGCUACGGCGGGGGCGAACGAAGCUACGGCGGCGGCGACCGAAGCUACGGUGGCGGCGGCGGAGGCGGCCGGAGCUUCGGGGGUGCAUCCGGAGAAUCUGACGGUAACCAGUACCAGAGUAGCCGACGCGGCGGUAGCCGCGGCGGCAGCGGUUACUCCAGCCAGCCAUACUACAACGAGUAAACACCGCCCCGGCGCGACGUCCUCACUCGGCUGCGUCUCUCAAACACGCGCACUCCUCAAACAAAGAUGUCCGCGUGUUGCUGAGCUUCGUUUUUUUUGUAAUUCUGUUUUUGUAGCUCGAGCAUCUUUAAAAAUGUAUCCAUGAGUUUUUUUUGUUCAUUCCUCGAAUAAACCAUGUUAACAAUUCCAGUUAAGGACUCUUUGCUUUGUUUAUAUUGUAUUCCUCAAAGGUGGUUUUAUUAACACGACGUUAUGUAAGGGCGAACAACGGCUCCCCACGUGGUCACUAUCGCGGCCAUUUUACGAAUGUGUUUGUUAUACUUUUAUAUCCGAUGGGCUUGUUUUAAACUCAAAUUUGUCCUCAAAAUACUUUUCGGGGGUUUUAUGCGAAAUAAAUGUUCCUAUUAAAACCAA